UUGGUGUCAAUAUAUUUCUCGUAAAAUAUUUUCAUCAAAGAAAGUGGAUGAGGAUGUUAAUAAUGACUUAAUAAUAGCCGUUGAUUUAUUACCUAUUGAUCCAAUACCUGGUGUAAAGAUUAUACAAGGAGAUUUCACUGAAUUGGGGACACAACAAAAAAUUAAAGAUUUAUUAAACGAAAGACAUGUUGAUGUAGUGCUUAAUGAUAUGGCUCCAAAUUUUACUGGAACUCAUUUUGUGGAUCAUGUUAGAUCAAUGGAUUUAUGUGAAUCUUCUUUGACUUUUGCCGAACAUGUAUUAAAAUCUGGUGGCACUUUUCUGUGCAAGUUCUUAAUGGGUGAAUCUGAAUCGGAUUUUAGAAACAAAUUGAAAUCUAAAUUUAAAGAGGUUCAUCAUGUGAAACCUCAUUCUUCACGCGAUAAAUCAACUGAAGGAUACUUUGUGUGUUUAGAAUUUAAUAAAAAUAUCACUAGUGGUAUGACAUAA